AUGGUCGAACCGUCGGAUGGUGCAAAUAUGGCCAAGAAUUCAGUGCUCCGGGUAGUGUUACUGGUGGUUAGUGGCGGUCUUGCGCUCGCCCAGCCGGCUCUGGCCGACGAUCUAGGUUUUCUGGUGGACGUGGAAGGCAUUCUGGACGAGCACCUGAUGCCCGUUUCGUACCUGAUGCUGGACGGUGAUCCCGCCCGCCAGGGUGCCGGAGAAGUCGAGAGUCGAAUGGAAAGCUUUUCAGCCGGGAAUGGCACCGAGCUAGACCCGGUUCUACUAGAUGCUAGCUACUCGCGUGCCCUCUCGACGAUGGGAUUCCAUCGCAACAUGAUCAAUUUGUAUCGCUGCAACGGGUACCUGGCCAAGCGCAUUCUCGCCGAAGCGUAUCCGGUCGGGAAGUCAACGGCACAGCUGUCGAAGCGCAUGAGCAGCGCCCACCCGAACGGUAACGCUACGCUGGCUGCGAUGAUGACGGACAACUCGAUGCUCUACGACCAGGGUUCGGCCGGCUAUCGCGAGUGGUUGACGAAAACGGCCACGCUGGAUGACAUCAGCCAGAACUACCUGUCGCAGCGUGUGGCGCACGGCACCACCAGAGUCGGUGAGGUGGCCGGCGGGGCACCACCGGGGGAAGAGCAGGACCUCGAGUUCGACGAGGGUGUCAUCACGGGCUACGCAGUGCAGCCGGCGCCAAUCGGCGCCAGUAACCCCGUGUACUACCCCGUCCCGGACCAUCCGUACCGGCGUGAGGUGGCCGGUGUCCCACGAGAGCUACUCCAGGGCGAAGCCGCUUCCGGUUACGGGCGGCCGGGAGACCGGGGUGACUACUACUACGCCGGCGGCCAUCCGGCGGCGCUCGAGGUUGACCACAAAGCGCUCCGGAAGCCGGGUGGCGGGUCGGUCGGGCUGAAGGACCUGUUCGAUAUAGCGCUCACCACGCUGGCGUUCCUGUCGUUCGGCAUGUUCAUCCUGCAGGUGAUCAUGUGCAUCACGAUGACGAAACCCGAAACCGGCAUGAUGAUCCUGCCGACGCAACCGAUCGAGGUGGAGGUCGAGGAAGGCGAAGUCCGGCAUCGCGCUGCCCGGCACCUCGCAGACCCGGGCCCGGACCGGCCAGCUGUCCACGAGGUCCACGAGCUCAAUCGCCUGGCAGCGCAAGCGCUCGACUCGGUCGACGUCAUGCGGACCGGCGACCAGCGGUGUCUGCAGCGGAGCCUUUGCACCGUCAACCGCUUCGCUCGCACGGUCAAGACGAUCAAGUUCUACUGGAUACCGGUGUGGAGCUUGGCCGUUUGCUGGAAGGCAGGCGACGGGCAGUUCAGGGCGUCCCCUAGCGAGCGCCCAACACCGUCCAACGUCAUCAUGAGCUGCCUGAUUGCCACCCUGGCCGGGCUCGGUAACGACAACUGUCGCAAGCUGUACCGUUGUCCCACGAACGGAGGCCAGUAG